GUCACACAGAAAGUGAAAGUUAGUUUUCCUGUCGCCAUUUUGAGCUGGAAAAAUAUAAUACGACACGCAAAAAACAGAGCAUCAAAGUGUUUAUCAACGCUUAAGAAUUAAUUUACUUGUAGUUUUAUGAUGUUAAAGCUGGAGGAUUUGAGGUCCUGUAUCUUGUAAAAGUUUGAUCAAGAGUCAGUGGAGGAGAUCAAACUCAACAGAUUCUCCUGAUCUUCAUCAUGGCUGAUUCACAAGCAUCCAGAGAUGGAGAUUUCUCUCCAGGACACAGUUCAGUCCAGCAGAAGAGCUCAAACCCAGAGUCCAGCUGUGUGUCUGUGAAGAGUGACCGCUCUAUGGAUCAUCCACUAGCGUUUAAGAGUGGAGACAAACGGCCUGAUCUCAGUCACAGACAUAAGGAAUCAAAUUCCACCUGUGAAAAGAAGCAGCUGGACUCCAUUUUCAAUGAGCUUGAGCACAAAAUAUUCUCUUUGAUGAAGAACCAGCUGAUGCAGUUUAAGGGACUACUUAGCCAAGAUUACCCAGCAUGCUCUGACAGAGAGGAGGAUGAUGAAGGUCAGAUCAAAGAGGGGGUUCUAAAGAUCACACUAACCACCCUGAGGAUGAUGAACCAGACAGACCUCGCUAACACGCUACAGUCCAAACUGAUCUCUGCGUAUCAACAAAAACUAAAAUUCAGACUGAAGCAGAAAUAUCAGAGGGUUAUAGAAGGAAUCUCAAAUCAAAAAAACUCAACAAGUCUGAAUGAGAUCUACACAGAGCUCUACAUCACAGAGGGAGGAAGUGAAGACUUAAAUGAUGAGCAUGAGGUGAGACAGAUUGAUACUGCUAACAGGAGACCAGGGACAGAGGAAUCCGCCAUCAAAUGCAAUGACAUCUUUAGACCUUUACCUGGACAAGACAAACCCAUCAGAACUGUGCUGACUAAAGGAAUCGCUGGCAUAGGAAAAACAGUCUCUGUGCAGAAGUUUAUUCUGGACUGGGCUGAAGGAAAAGCAAAUCAGGACAUUCACUUCAUAUUUCCACUUCCUUACAGAGAACUCAAUUUGGUGAAGCAGGAAAAUAUCAGUCUGAAGGAGCUUCUCCAUCAAUUUUUCACAGAAAUGAAGGAACUGAAAUCAAUAGAUUAUAGUGACUUUAAAAUACUGAUCAUCUUUGAUGGUCUGGAUGAGUGUCGACUUCCUCUAGAUUUCCAGAACAAUAACAUUUUAUGGGAUAUUACAGAUUCAGCAUCAGUGGAUGUGCUGCUGACCAACCUUACCAAGGGGAAUCUGCUUCCUUCUGCUCUCCUCUGGAUCACCUCUCGACCAGCAGCAGCCAAUCAGAUACCUCCUGAGUGUGUUGACCAGCUCACAGAGAUACGAGGGUUCAAAGACCCUCAGAAGGACACGUAUUUCAGGAAGAAAAUAACUGAUCAGAGUCUGGCCAAUAGGAUCAUCACACAUAUCAAAUCAUUCAGAAGCUUGUACAUUAUGUGUCACAUUCCAGUUUUUUGUUUGAUUUCAUCCAGUGUUCUAGAGAGGAUGUUGGGUGAAGCAGAAAGUGCAGAGAUCCCCAAGACUCUUACUGAAAUGUUCACACACUUCCUGAUCUUUCAGACCAACCUGAAGACCCAGAAGUAUGAUGGGAAAUGUGAAGUAGAUCUUCAUCAGGCUAGAAAAAGUAUUCUUGCUCUGGGAAAACUGGCUUUUGAACAACUGGAGAAACGGAGGCUGAUCUUCUAUGAGGAGGACCUGAGAGAAUGCGGCAUUGAUGACAAAGAAGCAUUAGUGUACUCAGGAGUUUGUACCCAAAUCUUCAGAGAGGAGUUUGGACUGUAUCUUGGGAAGGUGUUCAGCUUUGUACAUCUGAGUGUUCAGGAGUUUCUGGCUGCUGUUUUUAAGUUUCUAAUGUUUCAUCAAGACAAAGAAAAUGAGACAGCAAUGACUGAUUUACUGAAGACUGAAGUGGACAAGGCCUUACAGAGUGAAAAGGGACACCUGGAUCUUUUCCUCCGAUUCCUUCUGGGUCUCUCACUGGAGUCCAAUCAGAUACUCUUACAAGGUUUACUGACACAGACAGGAACUAGGUCUCACAGCAAACAGGACAUAGUGGAUUACAUUAAGAUGAAGAUCAGGGAGAUUCCCACUUCAGAGAAAUCUAUCAAUCUGUUCCACUGUCUGAAUGAACUGAAUGAUCAUUCUUUAGUGCAGGAAGUCCAAACAUAUCUGCGCAAAACAGGAUUCAGUCGUCUCUCUGGAGUCAAACUCUCUUCUGCGCAUUGGUCAGCUCUGGUUUUUGUCUUACUAAACUCAAAAGAGGAGCUGGAUGAGUUUAAACUGAGGAAAUAUCAUAGAUCAGAGCAGUGUCUUCUGAGGCUGCUGCAAGUGAUCAAAGCAUCUAGAAAAGCUGAUCUGAGUGAGUGUAAUCUCACAGGUCAAAUCUGUUCAUCACUGGCCUCAGCUCUCAGCUCAAACGACUCCUGUCUGAUAGGGUUGAACCUGAGUCACAAUGAGCUGAAGGAUUCAGGAGGAAAGAUGCUUUCUGAUGGACUGAAGAAUCCUCAUUGUAAACUGGAGACAUUAAAGCUGGAACACUGCGGUAUUGGAGAGGAAGGUUGUGCUGCUCUGAUUUCUGCUCUGAGAUCAAACCCCUCACACCUAAGAGAUCUGAAUCUAACUUGGAAUAAACCUGGAGACGCAGGAGUGAAGCUGCUCUCUGGUUUACUGAAGGAUCCUCGCUGUAAACUAGAGAAACUACUGCUUUGUAACUUCAACAUUACAGACGAAGGAUUUGCUGCUCUGGCUUCAGCUCUGUUAUCAAACCCCUUACACCUGAAAGAACUGAAUCUGAACUAUAAUAAACCAGGAGACUCAGGAGUGAAGCUGCUCUCUGACCUACUGAGGCAUCCAGAUUUUAAACUGAAGAAACUGGAGCUUUGGAAUUGCAAUAUUAGAGAGGAUGGAUGUUCUGCUCUGGCUUUAGCUCUGAAAUCAAACCCUUCACACCUUAGGGAACUGAAUCUGAGCGGGAAUAAACCAGGAGACUCAGGAGUGAAGCUGCUUUCUGACCUACUGGAGCAUCCUCAAUGUAAACUGGAGAAACUAGAUCUGUGUAACUGCAAUAUAGGAGAGGAAGGUUGUGCUGCUCUUAUUUCAGCUCUGAGAAACCCCUUACAUCUGAGAGAUCUCAAUCUGAAAUGGAAUUCUCCAGGAGCACUGAAAAUGCUCUCUUAUCUAAAGGACGAUCCAAACUGUAAACUGGAGAAUCUUGAUGUGUGAAGACUCAAGAACUGAACACAAGCCAAUGCAGCCUGCUGUGAAUAAAAUGUUAUUCAAGAGUAUUGAUCCAUCUGAGUACCCUAAAAGCAGCCUGUGAAUUUUAUCUUGGUGACCUUUUGUCAAUGGUAACAGUAACAGUGCUUGCCCAAAAACCUGGCUUCCAGGUAGCAGAUAUGCACUUGAGUUGGUUUUCCAUUCAUUACUGGGCUUUAUUAUUCUUUUACAUUAUUUCCUUAAUUCAUUUAUUCAUUCAUUUCAUACUUAGCACUAAACAAUUCAAAUUAUAUGUUUCCAUUACCUUUGUAUGUCAUAAGAAUCAUGGUUAAUUAUCAUUUUUUAUUAUUUUUUGUCAUUUGAAGCCUCACAGAGUUUCAUGAUGCAACUCAUCAUUACUGUGUCCUGGCUCCUGCUCUUUUUUUAAUUUGUUUUAUUAGAAUGCAGAUUACAAAUAUACAAUCAUCACAGUUCGUAAACAGAAAUUAUA